CAGUCUUCACCCACAUCUUUAUCAUAUUUACCAAAACAGACCUUCUUCAUCAUCCAGCUCCCCUAUUACCCCCUGUUCCCUCAUCAACAGGGUAAUACAUAUACAUAUAUAGAUAUAGAUAUAUACAUGUAGCUGUAUGUAUGUAUGUAUGUAUGUAUGUAUGUAUAAUCUAUGAUACACAGAUCACGAUCACAAAUCUCUGACAUUUCUGAUCUGGAUAUUAUAUUAUUGUCACAAAAUCCAAAAAUUUGCAAUCUCUCUCUAAAAGUUCACUCUCUCUCUGAGUCCCAAUUAGGGUUUCUGAAAUCCAAAAGCUACCUAUUUAUGUAUACAUCAGUGGCCAUUGAAGUCUAGCUUUUGACAAUUUUGCCUUUUUUUUGUUUUUUGUUUUUUUGAUGUAAUAUGAGAUUGUUGUUGAUGUUGAGAGUUGUUUGUGAGUAUUGCUGUGAUGGGUGUGGCUAAAGCUUGGAGGUUUGGCAAUGGAGUGUUGAGCAAUCUGAGUUUGGGUCAUCUCCAUAAUAAAAAGCAGCAUUUCUGGUCCAGAUUGUCUUCGCAGAGAAGGCCGGUGUCGAGGUCGGUUGUGUGUGGAUUGAUGCUAUUUGCGUUGGGUUUGAUUUCGUUGUUCACUGGCCAUGUCGCUUCUGAUCUUGAAUGGUACUCUCAGAGGCUGAUGCUCCGGAGUUUGUUUUAUAAACUUGACGGGGGCUAUCAUGCACCAAUUAAUAUUUGGAAAUCAAAAUUUUCAAAAUUUUACUAUGGAUGCAGUGACAGAGGGCCUCAUUUUUCUUCUCCGGUACGUGAGCAAUUUUCAAAUGGCUAUUUACUUAUUGCAACAAGUGGAGGCCUGAAUCAACAAAGAACCGGAAUCACUGAUGCUGUAGUUGUAGCACGGAUUCUCAAUGCUACUUUAGUUGUACCUGAGUUGGAUCAUCAUUCAUUCUGGAAGGACGAUAGUGACUUUCUCAACAUCUUUGAUGUUGAUUGGUUCAUCGCGUCCCUUGAAAAGGAUGUAACCAUUGUAAAAAGAGUUCCAGAUAAAGUCAUGAGAUCCAUGGAAAAGCCCCCAUAUACUAUGCGCAUACCAAGGAAAUCGGAACCUGAGUAUUAUCUGGAUUUUGUACUGCCAAUACUCCUAAGGAGAACUGUUGUGCAAUUGACAAAAUUUGAUUACAGACUUACUAAUGACCUUGAUGAUGAGCUACAGAAGUUGCGGUGCCGGGUCAACUAUCAUGCUUUAAGAUUUACAAAAUCUAUACGACUCCUUGGUCAGAAGCUUGUCUCAAGCAUGAGGAAGAUGACAAAUCGUUUUAUUGCAAUUCACUUGAGGUUUGAACCUGAUAUGCUAGCAUUUUCUGGGUGUUACUACGGUGGGGGUGAUAAAGAAAGAAACGAGCUUGGUGAAAUAAGGAAACGGUGGACAACGUUACCUGAUUUAAGUGCUGAGGAAGAGCGAAAGCGAGGUAAAUGCCCACUUACUCCUCAUGAAGUGGGUCUGAUGCUCCGUGCACUAGGUUUUAGAAAUGACACAUACCUUUAUGUUGCAUCUGGUGAAAUAUAUGGUGGAGAAGAGACUCUGCAGCCUCUCAGAGAGCUCUUUCCCAAUUUCUACACCAAGGAUAUGCUUGCCAGUGAAGAGCUGAAACCUUUUCUUCCCUUUUCAUCUCGUCUAGCUGCCGUUGACUACAUUGUGUGUGAAGAGAGUGAUGUCUUCAUCACUAAUAACAAGGGAAACAUGGCCAAGAUUCUUGCAGGUCGAAGGAGGUACAUGGGUCAUAAGAGGACUAUCAGACCAAAUGCAAAAAAGCUUAGUGCUUUGUUUAUGGCACGUGAUCAUAUGGACUGGGACACAUUUGCUACAAAGGUCAAGUCGUGCCAGAGAGGAUUCAUGGGAGAACCAGAGGAAAUGAGACCUGGACAUGACGAGUUUCAUGAAUAUCCAUCAGCCUGCAUCUGCAAGAAACCAUUCAACUACUCUGAUGUCGAGAAUGAUGAUGAAGGAGAUUUGACCUCAAAAGAACCGUCCCAGAACCAACUUUUGCACAUAAGAGGAUGAUGAUAAAGAGGUGAAGAGCUUGCAGAGACUGAACAAGUCAAGUGCAAGCAAUGAGCCGGUGGUAUCUUUAGCAGGAGACACUGACAAUGAAGAGUUUUUCGCAGACUAUGUAUAAAACACCUUCAAAUGGUGUUUUGUUGUCUAUCAGAGCUAGUGUACACCUUUAAAAAUGCCGGUUUUAACUCAGCACGGCAUUGAGGCUGAAGUCACACAACAAGUGGCAUCUGGUUUGUGUCUAAUACCUAAAUUUUGGACUACCCAAUUGAAGUUGUAUAGGAAUCUGUGAUUUGUGAUGAGCUGCAAGUGUUCAGAUAUGUAUGUUUGUAAGGUUACAAAGCAAGUAGGUAUGCCAAACAUAUAUUAUUGCUCCUUAACAAAAUUUAAUUUUUCCAGGUUUCUACUUUCUUUUUAA